AUGGCGUCCUCGCAGUACACCCGCUUGCACUCCCCCCGUAUCGCGUCCCCAAGCGGAGACGACGAUUUGGGACGCACUGAGCACUACGUUGACCCCGCCGCCCAGAAGUCACCCCUCCGAGUCGAGACCCGCGCAACAGCGGAGAGAUCAUUCAGUGCAUACCCCGACGCGCCUCUAUCAUCUUCGCCGCCGUCCCCUGGCGGGCACACGUUUUCUUCCCCCCUUCUCCAUCCCGCACGCCAGGUCCAGCACCGUGAUACGGACAUCCCCGACAUAGAUCACCACCUUCAAGGACCCUCGAACGAAGGGGACUCGCGCAGGCACUACGUCGCAGACGUAAUUCUUUGCUGGCCCCUGGCUGAACAGGUCUUCGGACCGUUGCUGCAAGAGCCCGACUUCCCUGUCUUGUUUGGUAAGCAUAUGAUUCGCCACAACGUCAGCGAGGCACUCUGGACGGACAUUUGCUCAUACGUCGACAACAACCUGGAAAUACUCAAAUAUUUCUCAUUCUACUACAAUCCCUCCCAGCAAUCUCUCACUGUCAUGGCGCCUCUGGCGCUCCAUGAGCUGGUCACUGCCGCCAUCCUCAAGGCGGCACAAGACGGUCGUAUCGACGUCGACGACAACCAAACCCUAAUCAUUGAUCACAGCCGCGCGAUCAAAGACGCCGUGUCCCGCCACCAACCAGACGGUAUCGUGUGCGUCAAAUACAGCGUCGUCGUCAAGCCCGCCGAGGGAAAUCAACCACCGCGGAAGAUCCUCAAAACGGAUGACGUUAUUGUCGUCCAGAUCGGGGAUGCGGAGAGGAUCGACCACAUGCUCGAUCAGACGCAAAAGGGAAUGGUCGAGGCGGGGCCUGUGCUAUUCAUUGCCGUGAAGAUAACAGAGCAUAAGUACAUCGAACCGGAAGAUCCUCAGCCCGACGACGACGGCUUUAUUCCGGGUGCCGGAGCCGCCAACGACAUCAUAUGCACCGGGUACAAGCGCAAUGGCCGGGUGCUAAUCGGACGCCUCAGGGCGACCUUCUUCGCGUUUCUUGCUUCGGACUUGCCACGAAACCUGGCGACUCCGGUGUUGCUCGACUACAACGGCAAGAACCUGAUGCCCGCCGAGGAUCAGGUCGCAAACGAGGCUAACGAUAUCGACGAUGUCAAGCUCAUCUUAGACGACGACCGGGUAUUCGUAUGGCACGGGCCAGGGCCUAUGCCCAGCGUGGCCGCUGCUGGAUAG